AUGGCCGGCAUCGAGAAGCUCGAGUCGUACAUUGUCCGCUGGGUCAACGUCGACGACGACAACACGCUGUCAUGGAGCAUCCAACCUAACAAGAAGUCAAUAAACUUUGGCAUCGUCAAGCACCCCGGCAGCGGCGCCACCACGAUCCUCGCCUCCAACGGCCAGUUCCUCGACUCGUCCCAGACGCAGGGCGUCACCGACGGCAAGUCCGGCCGCUUCAAGAAGGAGGCGACUGCGCAGGACCUCUUGACAAGCAAGGGCUUUAUACCCAUAGCAUGGCACGGGAAAUGCGAGGCCGACAAGGUCUCAAUGGGCACCUACGACGUGCCGCACGGCCAGGGCGGCAUGUACGGCCUCGUCUUCGACAACACCUUUUCCAAGCAGACGUCCAAGACUGCUACCUUUGUCGUCCUCACCUACCCCACUGGCGUUGCGCCGCAGACCGCGAACCACCUUCCCAAUCUUCAGAUGCCCAACGCACAAUCGAGCCAAACCAGCCUUGGUAAACAUAGCAGCCCCCGCAACGAGGCCGGCCCAUCCACCUCUGUCGAUAGCUUUCACAGCCAGAACGCCCGAGCACGAGCUGCUACAGGUACGUCGGCUAGGAGCGACACGACCGCGCAGCAGCCCUACCACGUCGGCACCCUGUCCAAGAGGAGGCGCAAGAAAGGCCAGGGCUACGCCCGCCGCUUCUUCUCGCUCGACUACUCGACUUGCACUCUAUCGUACUACUACAACCGCAACUCGUCAGCCCUUCGUGGCGCAAUCCCCCUCAGUCUGGCUGCCAUUGCUGCGGAUGAGCGGCGACGAGAAAUUAGCAUCGACUCCGGCGCCGAGGUGUGGCAUCUCAGAGCCCCCAACGACAAGGAAUUCCAGGAAUGGGCGCGAGCUCUCGAGAGAGCCAGCCGCGUCGCCAGAGGUGUAGAGACUGUUCAGCAGCCCGCGAAGCCCAAGCUCCAGAUCAACAGCAUCCCCGCGAAGUCUGCUCUGGAGUACAACCGGCUCGAGGAUGUCGAAUGGCAGCAGGUGGAGACUUUGGUCAGCCGUGUCGUCGGCACGCGCGAUGCGCUUCGACGACUGACAAAGGAAGUGGCCUGCUUGCCGAAGCCAUCCCCUGCAGGACAGUUUCUUUCGCCUGGUUCUGCCGUGUCCACCGACGAGGCGAAAGACGGCUACUUCGCCACGCCGCCGGAGAAGAAGCCGUUCUGGAAGCGCAAGUCCAGCGCGUCGGCGCUGUCGUCGGCGACUCUGCAGCAACCUUCGCCGUCCCCAGAUCCUGCGGCCAGCACAGCGUCUGUCAACGGCAGCAAGGCCAAGCGCAAGUCCCGUGGUGCCGCUCAAGAAGAGAAAUCGAUACAUGACCACUGCGAAGCACUGCUAUCUGAUCUUGACGCGGUCGUUAACCAGUUUACCACUCUCAUCUCCAACAGCAAGCGGCGGCGCCUCCCCAUCCCGCAAUCCGCCGGCGGUGCCUCGCGCAUGAGCGUUGAGACGACAUCCACGGACGAAUUCUUUGACGCCGAGGACGCCAAGUCUGCUGUCAUGAAGAUUGACGGAAGCGAGGACGAAUCCACGCACACGGAUGCCGAGGAAGAGGUCGACACGCAAGACAGCUCUUCCAUCUCAUCGAUGGAAGACGACGAGCCGGUCGGCCCCGACGGGGCCGGGUACCUGUUUCCAUCUAAGCCGAAGAAUCUGCUGCCACUACCGAUAGAGAAGCCUGUCUCGAGAAGGACUCAGAUUCCUCCCGCCACGGUUCAACCGCCGAGUCUGAUCGCGUUCGUCCGCAAGAAUGUUGGGAAAGACCUGAGUACGAUUAGCAUGCCGGUCUCCGCCAACGAGCCUACAUCGCUCCUGCAGAAAGUUGCAGAACAGCUCGAAUAUGCGCAGCUCCUGGACAAGGCCGCCAGACAAAAGAGCCCGACGGAGCGCCUGUUGUUUGUCACAGCCUUUGCCGUUUCGCAGUUCAGCAACGGUCGUGCUAAGGAGCGCGCGAUUCGGAAGCCAUUCAACCCGCUGCUCGGUGAGACGUUUGAACUGGUGCGCACGAACAAGGAGAUCCCUGGAGGCUUCCGGCUCCUUGUGGAAAAGGUGCAACACAGACCGGUCCGUCUGGCCAUGCACGCGGACUCUGCCAACUGGUCAUUCUCGCAGUCACCCGCGCCUGGCCAAAAGUUUUGGGGCAAGAGCGCAGAGAUCACAACUGAUGGCCGGGUCAGGAUCGUGCUACGCCUGGCGGACGGCAGCGACGAAUUCUACUCGUGGAACAUCGCCACCAUGUUCCUGCGCAACGUUGUCAUGGGCGAGAAGUAUGUUGAGCCAGUGGGCACCAUGCACGUGGUCAAUGACAGCACUGGCCACAAGGCUAGCGUUGAGUUCCGAAGCAAGGGCAUGUUCGGCGGUCGAGCCGAGGAUGUGCACGUCGACACGUUCAGCCCCGACGGCAGCAACACGGGCAGCGGUCUCGCGGGCACGUGGACCAGCGGACUGCGCACCGUCGGGCCGGGCAAGGCGGCGAGCGAGGAGGUGUGGAAGGCCGGGUCGUUGGUGGACAACGCAUCGCAGACGUACGGCAUGACGCUCUUUGCGGCGACGCUCAACGAGAUCACCGACGUGGAGAAGGGCAAGCUCGCGCCGACAGACAGCCGACUGCGACCCGACCAGCGAAUGGCGGAGCAGGGCAACCUGGACGAGGCGGAGACGUGGAAGCACAAGCUCGAGGAAGCCCAGCGCGCACGACGUCGCGUCAUGGAGGACCGCGGCGACUCGCACAAGCCGCGCUGGUUCGUCAGGGCAGAGGAGUCGCCCGAGGGCGAGGAGGUGUGGAAGAUCAAGACGGGCAAGGACGGCUACUGGGAGGAGAGGGCCAAGGGCAACUGGACGGGCGUCGAGGCCAUCUUUGACGUGCCCAACGAAUGA